AUGGGGCAGAAACAGGGCGUUGAAGCUAGAGGUGAAGGAAGAGGAGAUACUGUGUCCGGUCCAUCACCUUUCGAUGAUUUGCCGGAGGAAUGUAUCUCUAACAUAAUCUCUUUAACAAGUCCUCGUGAUGCGUGUGUUGUUGCUUCGGUUUCCAAAACCUUUCGAUCGGCGGUUGACUCAGAUUUUAUAUGGGAGAAGUUUCUGCCACCAGAUUAUGCAUCUCUUAUUCUUGGAUCGCGAGUUUUCUCAUCCAAGAAGGAGCUUUAUUUCGCUCUUUGCGAUCAUUUUUUAAUCGAAGAUGGCAAAAAGGUAUACACAUAUGUCUUUAACAUCAGGUAUAUGUGUCUCUAA